AUGGGGACUCUGGGCAUCUUCCUCCACCAGCGGAACCUCUGGAAGUGUGACAAUGGCCUUCAGCAGAUGCACAGACGCAGCAGCAGCAGCCUGAGUGUCAAUGCUCAUUCUAAGAUGAAGUUAUGGAAGUGUGCCACCAUCGCCUUGACUCUUUGUGGUACAGCACUGUCCUUCUUCCUCACUAGAAUCACGGUUCCCACGCCGCCGCAUCACUUCCCCUCCUGGGACUCGUCUUCGCCGCGGACAUCAGACUCCGCCUCCGCCUCCACCUCCUCCUCCAACUCUUCUUCCUCCCUGAUCGGACCUCAUCGCAAAGCACGGUCGACAGACGGCAUCAGCAACAUUUUGACAGAAUUCAUGCACAUGUUCCAGAGCUUUACAGAGGGUGAGCUGAAGAAGGUGAUCGGGACUCUGGUGGAGAAGAAGGCACAGCAGGAGGCCAGGCAGGAGGCUAGGCAGAGCAAAAGGACUAAACGGGCUAAGAAAGCAUCAAAGCCAUGUUCCCUGCGGGAGGUGGAAGUGACUGUCAGUGAGCUGGGUCUGGGCUACUACAGCGACGAAACGCUGCUCUUCAGGUACUGUAGCGGGAACUGUAAUGCUAGCCGCCGCAACUACGACCUCAUACUGGAAAAAUGGAUGAGGAAAGGCAUCUCAAAGAGGGAGAGGAGCCCCUGUUGCCGGCCCAAGGAGUACGAUGACAUUUCCUUCUUGGACAACAGUAACAGAUACCAGACGCUCCACGAGUUUUCUGCUCUAGCGUGCGGUUGUGUAUAA